AAAGGCGUCCUUUAGAUAAUGGACAGAACAUAUCCAUGCGUACCACUAUAAAAUGUGUUAGACCAUAGGCGUUAGACUAGCUGCUCAACACCAGAGCGGUCCGAUCCGGGAGAAGAAAUCGUUUUGCGUAUCCAUUCACCGUGCGCAGCAAAAAAAAUGAGGCUGGUCCUGUCCCUCGUCAUUUUAUGCCUGGCGGGUGCCACUUCUGCCGAGUCAUCAUCAGUCCAGGACAUGCCGUCGGAGAUUCUGCAGGCGAUCCGGGAGAUGGACCAGGUACAACAUCCGCCACAGGGUGAAGACAACACCAUAGACUCCGUGCCGUAUAGGGAAACAAUUCAGGCUAGCAGAGAAGUGGAAAUUAACAAGUUUGAGCUGCUGGAGACUAUAAAUCAGACAGCAGCAGGAAUGACGCAUGAAGCAGCCAGCCGUGCAGAUCAAACACCAGAGGAGACCUCAUACACCGGAGCGCUGAGGGCGCUGGCGUACGUACAACGCCCCACCCCGAUGGCCGUCGAGCUCAGCAGAUGUGCUGCCGUCUUGGAGCAUUGGGCAAAAUACUUACUGGACAACUACACUGUGGAGGAUAUUUCCGCCAUCGACUCCCCGCAAGUGACGAGUGUUUGUGACCACACAUCCAUGGAGCCGAUCACGUGCCCCGCACCAGCAGUCCCAGAGUUCCGUUCGGCAGACGGCCGUUGUAACAACCGGGACCACCCCCUGUGGGGGAGUACCGAGCAACCCUUCACAAGGCUGUUGGAUCCUGUGUACGAUGAUGACUUGAUGACCCCCCGCGCUACCUCUUGUGACGGCACCCCCCUCCCCAGCGCCCGGCUGGUCAGCACCACCGUGCACCAGGACCUACGAACAGCCAGCCCCGUCAACACACACAUGGUGAUGCAGUGGGGCCAGUUCCUGGAUCACGACAUCACUCUCACUCCAAGCUUCGCGGAGGAAGGUCUUGCCUGUACCUGUGACUCCGCGGACGAACAUUGUUUCAACAUCCCCGUCCCCUCCGAUGACCCUGACUUCAGCGCGAGGCCCUGCCUAGAGUUCGCCCGCUCCCGCUCCUGUCCGAACGAAGGGUGCCACAUGGGCCGGCGGCAGCAGCUCAACCAGAUCACGGCCUUCGUGGACGCCUCCAACGUCUACGGCUCCUCGGAGGAAGAGAUCGAAAAUCUCAGAGACAGAGGCGAACCCUCCAGGGGUGUAAACCUUGCCCUGGGGCGACCCACCGCGCAGUUGAGUACUUCUCAUGGAGGAUUGGCCAGACGGGCGGUGGAUGGCAACACUGACGGAGACUUCCACAGCGGCUCCUGCACCCACACUAACCGGCCCGGGAACAGGCGCCCCUGGUGGCGCGUGGACCUUGGCACGGCACAAGCCAUCGGCAACGUCGUCGUCUUCAACCGGCAGGACUGCUGUUCGGAACGACUGAACAACUUCCAGGUUCACGUGGGAGACUCUCCUAGAGUGGCGUUCAACCCGCAGUGUGGCGGGAACCACGCCGUGACAGGAGGUCAGCCAGAGAUCACAGUAGACUGUGGCGGUCUCACGGGCAGAUAUGUCGGGAUCCUACUCCCCAACACACAAUACCUCACCCUAUGCGAGGUACAGGUGUAUGAAGCGCCUCCACCCACAUCAGUUCAAGCCCGCGGCCUGCUGAAGUCCAGACCGAACCCUGCGGACGCUAACAAGAAGGAGCUCCUGCCGGGAAACACGGAGGAAGAGGACUUUCUGUGUGACGAGUUUACCGGCAACAUGACGUGUUCUCAGGCCGGGGACAUCCGUGUGAACGAGCAGCCGGGCCUCACCUCCAUGCACACUGUCUUCCUGCGGGAACACAACCGGAUCGCUAGGUGGCUCUCCGGGCUCAACCCGCACUGGGACGACGAUCGGGUGUUCUACGAGACCAGGAAGAUCGUCGGCGCGCUGAUGCAGCAGGUCACGUACGGGGAAUUCCUUCCGCACGUUCUCGGACCCGCCGCCAUGGCCAGGUUCCACCUGACGCUCGCCCAGAGCGGGUUCUUCUCCGGGUACGACCCGAGCGUGAACCCCACCAUCUCCAACGUCUUCGCCACGGCUGCCUACCGGUUCGGACACAGUCUUGUUCAGGACGUGCUCGACCGCUAUGAUCCGGACUUUACACAGGGCAACAGGUGCCCAUUUAAGCUGGCCUUUGGUUUCUUCAACCCUUCCCAAAUCUUCGACGACGCCCAAGGCGGCCCGGACUCCAUCCUACGAGGCUUGACCGCGCAGCCGCAUCAGGACUUUGACCGGUUCAUGGUGUCUGGCCUGACCAAACGCUUGUUUGCGGAUCCUCCUGGGUCGGACAGAGGCCUGGACCUGGCCUCCCUGAACAUCCAGCGGGGCCGAGACCACGGGCUGCCCGGCUAUAACGCCUGGAGGGGGCGGUGCGGGCUGCCCAGGGCUGACAGCGUCUGCGACCUGGAGUCUGAAAUCCCAGACUAUUUCACCCGCAAGAGGCUAGAGAAUUUGUAUAGCCAUGUGGAUGACAUCGACGUGUUCGUGGGGGGUCUUGCCGAGGAGUCCGUAUCCGGCGGUGUCGUCGGUCCAACCUUCGCCUGUCUGAUCGGUCUGCAGUUCCAGGACCUCCGCAAGGGGGACCGCUUCUGGUUCGAGAACCCAGGACAGUUUACAGAAGCCCAACUAGCGGAGAUCAGGAAGACCAGUCUGGCCCGGAUCCUGUGCGACAACACGGACGGCACCACCCAGAUGCAGCCGGACGUCUUUCUGCAGCACACGCAGCCUGGGAACGAGAGGGUGGCCUGCUCGUCUCUGCCCCAUAUGGACCUAACCAAGUGGCAGGAGUAGGGGGGUCUAUUACAAUUUAAGUGCAGAUCAACUUUUCCUCGCUUCUUAACACAGUUGUUAUGGCCAAUUUGAAUACCCAAGUAAAAACAAGAGAGAUGUCGUAUGCAACUCCUAUUGUGUUGUUAUUACCUUUUACCACUUGUAGAGUGUUUAUUAUAUGAUUGAUUAAAGACAUUUAUUGCACAUUUUUGCCACCCCUGGCUAA